AUGGCUCUUGUGUUUUUGUUUAUGUUUUUGUAAUAUAUUAUUAUUGUUAAUAUAAAUUCUAUAUUGAUGGUUGAAAUCAAGACAUUAUAGUCUGAAGCUUUCUUCACAAGUAUUUUACUGUGCCAUUUUAUUUUGUUUAAUAUAACUUUGUCAUCUGAUUGAAUCACUCAAAAAUAAUAUUCUGAAUUUAAUAUUUGUUCAGCUUGUAUCAUGGCUGUUCCCGACGUUCCUGCUGAGAUAUUGGAGCAUAUUUUUACAUUCCUAGAUGGACAUUCUUUUUGCAAUGUUAAAUUUGUUUGUAAAAAUUGGUAUGCAGUUGGUAAAGCAAUGCAGACGAAAAACUGGCUAUGGAAGCAUUUUUGCUGCAAGGAAAUUCCUCCUAUUCUCCUGGAAGAACUAAUCUCAUUUAAAGUUGUUCCAUUGACAGAAUCUAUUAUUGAUUGGAUGGCUGUGUAUAAAAAGUGGUGGUCUGGAAAAAUGAUUAAACUUCCAUCUAAGUCUCCAAAAUCUUGGCAAGCAUUUUAUUACGAUCCUAUAACUGUGAUAAAGUCUUCUGGUUCAUAUGUGUUAACUGGCCAUAACAGUGGUGUAAUGUGUGUUUGGAAUAUUCAUAAUGGAGAUUUGCUUCACAGAGUUCAGUAUCAUUUAAAACGAAUUACUGACAUGGCGUUAGUAGAUUUGUUGAACCUGGGUUCUUAUGGCCUGGAAUCUCUGUCAUGGGCUCAUCAUCAUAUCAUUACAACUUCUAAUGAUUUUUUGAUUCAAGUAAGGUCAUUAUUAGAACCAUUGUCAUGUACAUCAUGUACGGUGUUAAACUACCACAGUGAUAUAGUAACUAGCAUAAGGGUUUUUGGUGACAAGUUUGCUGUUUGUUCUCGUGAUAACACCAUUACCUUGUAUGAGAUGAAAGUAGAAAAGCCAUUCCGUUUGAAAGUAUCGCUCAUUACUGCAAUCAUUGGUCCUGCUGACAUUCUGUUGACUUUAGGAUUUUGGCAUGAUCAAGUUAAAUGCAUUACACAUAGUGGAAGACUGAAGACGUUUUCUUCAAGCACGGAAAUAUGGAGUGAAAAGAAAUAUUUAAAAACGUCUUUCUGUGAAAAUGGCUCUGAGAACAUUGUUUCAGUUUCUAUGGCGUUUAUGUUCCAUAAUGAAAUUAUCAUGCUUUUGACAGCUGAUGGUAAAUUAGUCAUAUCUGUUGAUGAGCAUUGCAAACAUUACAACUUGAUGAGAAAUUUGAAAACAGUUCUUGUAACUUUAUUACUCCAAGGUACAACUCUUGCUCUUGGUGGAGAAAAUGGAAAACUUUUUCUGUUUCAUGUUCCUGAUUAUACGUCUUUAAAAGAACUAGAUCUUUCCAAACCAGAUGCUGCAAUAUAUUUGAGUGAAGCUUCAAUUAUAUCAAUUGAUAUAAGUUAUAAAUUAAACUCACUUUUAAUAACUGCAGCAACUACCGAAAGUAUAUAUACCAUUGAAUGGAAUAGAGAUUCUAAUUUUCAUAAAGAAGUUAAAAUGCGGUCUUUGAGUCAUUUUUUAAAAUCUUCAUGAGAAAUUUUGUAAAUAUUGU